AUGCAGUCUUUCCCCUCCAAACGGAUCCCUGUGGUAUACAGCAUACCAGCUCCCAAUGAUUCUGAACAUGGAUCUGGACAGAGUCCGAAUCUUCACCAUCUCCAGUCUCCUCAAGAAGAAAUCUCAUAUGUGCAGCAUUCUUUCUUCAAACAGAUGAAUUUGCAUUUCUGGAGAAGAUGGCUUCUAGGAAUGUUACCUCUGAUUUCCUUAGCAGUCACUGUACUCGUGUUGGUCCUGUACUAUUCAUUAUCUCCAGCAUUCUCCUUUAUCUAUAUUGGUGGAAGUGUAGAAAUACCUAACUUGACCUAUACAAGUGACCUCACUGAUCCAAAGUCACAGAAAUUUAUAAUGCAAGCAGAAGCAAUCCAGAACUAUUUUGCAGAACUAUAUGAGUCUUCUACGUUAGGGAAAUAUUACUUGAAAUCUGUUGUUGCUGCAUUUAGCGAAGGAGAAGAUGGUCUCCGAGCUUACUACUGGAAUAAAUUCUGGGCACCGCAAGAGAUAGUGCACUCUUUCAAAAAACUAACCUCACUGAAACAUAAGGAAAUAAUCAGUAAACAUACACUUCAGACUACUAAUUCUUCUGCUGAAUCCUUUCCUGUGGAAGAGGAUUUUAAUCUCUUAACAAUGGAGCUUUUUGUUUCAGAUUCUUCAGACUAUGAUGUGACACUGAAGUCAGUAUCCUUCGACCUGUAUGCAAAGCCAGGUAACAACAGGACUUUAACUUUGAUGAAUCCCAAGAAAUCUUUUUAUCAGUGGAGGCUGCGUGUUCCUUCUAACUAUAUUGUGAGACUUGUAGUCCUUACUCUGCAUGGUGUCACUCCAGUGAGUUGUGCAUCACACAGAUUAUCUGCAUAUGAUUUUCUUCUUCCUCUUCAGAACAAGAUCAUUACAAGGUGGUGUGGAGUACCAGGGGCCUGGAGCCCUCCUGUCAUACGGUUAACUUCAUCGAGUAAUGUUAUGCUGGUCACCUUCUCACUGGACAGAAGAAAAGAGAGUAACAUGCUAAAAGCAUACUUCCAAGCUGUUCCUAAAGUUGUCUGUGGUGGGCGUUACAUCUCUUGGAAUGGGACAGUGAGUUCCCCUUAUUAUCCAAGCUACUAUCCACCAAACAUUGACUGCAGCUGGCUACUCAGAGCACCUCUGCCUGGAUAUAAGUUGUCACUAAAAAUCCUUGUCAUACAAAUUCAAGAGAAGUCUCCAGGGUCCAAUAAAUGUGAUAAGGACUGGUUAGAAAUUGAUGGAGUUAGAUAUUGUAAAGCUAUUGCUGAAAGCAACAGAAACAAGGAAUAUGGCUAUUCAGUUGCGAUUAAUUUCCAUUCAGAUGAACUGGUCACGCACAGAGGGUUUUAUAUUGAAUAUAAAGCUUUCAGUCACACAGAUCCAUGUCCUAGACAAUUUAAAUGUACCGACAGAACAUGUAUUCCUUUAAACAACCAAUGUGAUGGAUGGAAAGACUGCUCAGAUGGCAGUGAUGAAUUAGACUGUGGCUGUAGUCCAGAGGAGUCUAACUGUGGCGACGGGAAGUGUAAACACCAUUCAAAGACAUGCAAAGGGGAUGACAGUUGCGGAGAGGAUAGUGAUGAAAAUGAUUGCCCCUAUAAAAGUUGUUCCUCAUAUGCAUAUAAAUGCCUGAAUGGAAAAUGCCCCACAAAACCAAACCCAGAAUGUGAUGGAAUAAGAGACUGUGGAGAUGGAUCUGAUGAAAUGAACUGUGCUUGUGGAAGAAUCCAGUUAAAAAAAACUAGAAUUGUUGGAGGUGAAGAUGCAAGAUCUGGAAAGUGGCCUUGGCAAGCAAGCUUGCAGAUGGGAAUGUAUGGCCAUAUUUGUGGUGCAUCUGUUGUUUCAAAUAGGUGGCUGUUAUCUGCUGCCCAUUGUUUUCUGGACUCUGAUUCUAUAAGAUACUCUGUGCCUUCUGGCUGGAAAGCGUAUAUGGGCAUAAGGAUCAUUAACAAAAACAGCAAUCAUGUAGCUAUGAGAUCAAUCAAAAGGAUUAUUGUCCAUCCACGGUAUGACCAAUAUAUCUCAGACUAUGACAUUGCCCUGUUGGAAAUGGAGACACCAGUAUUCUUCAGUGAGCUGGUACAGCCCAUUUGUUUACCCAGCAGUCCUAGAGUAUUUUUUUAUGGAACUGUCUGCUAUGUAACUGGCUGGGGAGCCCUAAAAGAAAAUAGUAUGUUCAUUUCCUGGAUAUGUUUCUUGCAAGUUUGA